GGUUUACAUUUUUGGGAGCGAUUCCGUAAAGAUGUCCUUUUUAAAACUCGUUUCGCCGGCCACCAUUGCGGGUAUUAUCUUUGGUAUCGCAUGUAUGUUCUUGAUUGAAGGUAUUAUUUUCGCACAAAAAGAAGUCGUUCCUGCAAAUGGCCUAUCUUUUUCGUUGUGUAUUCCACCGAUUUUUUCCGUUGUGGGUUUCCUACUGUUUAUGCUGGUCACACCCUCUGAUAUCAGAGAAGAUCGAGGCAAGGCCAAGGUUGUCCUCUUUAUUUCGUGGCUAUGCAUGCUAAGCUCUAGUCUAGCUGCUAUAACCAUCGUAUAUUUAUGUUAUAGUGGCCAGCAAAAAAGGAAAUGGGCAUCGCCUGGGGUUGAGCUAGCCAUAUUUACGGGUAUUGUCCCCUUUUCAGGUUCUAUAUUGUGGUGGAGUCGAAGCGCUGAUAGUGGCAAUGAUUGGUAA